CCGGAUUCUCGGCCGAAGCUCUGGCCGACCGUAUAAUAGACGCCAAUUGUGUAGUAUUAGUGACUUCUGACGGCGCCUUUCGGGCCAACAAAUUCAUACCAUUGAAAUCAAUCGCCGACUCAGCACUCAAUCUAUGUCAACGAAUGAACCACAAAGUGAUGGCCUGUAUUGUGAACCCACACCUAAAUCUCGAUAGAAAUAACGUAAAGGAUAUCAAUAAUAAUUGGAUUACUGAUAAUUCAGGGAUCAAUUGGAACCCAAAUGUGGACAUCCUAUGGACUGAUGUAAUGGAAAAUGCUUGCGAUUAUUGCGAACCCGAAUGGAUGGAGGCUGAAGACCCACUGUUCAUACUUUAUACCAGUGGAAGUACGGGAAAGCCUAAAGGGAUUGUCCACACAAUCGGCGGUUAUCUCCUCUACUCUUACCUAACAUUCAAAACAGUAUUCAAUUACACCGACGGAGACGUGUUUUUCUCGACCGCAGACUUGGGAUGGAUUACUGGCCAC